AGAUCUAUCCCCUCUCCAACCCUUAACAACAACGGUUUGGAACCUAAACGCAUCGCCACAGAGGGAGGCAAUGAAGCAGGCGUUCCCGUGCCGAGUCAGAAUGGUGACGCUGCGGCUGCGUCCUCCUCCUGUUCCCCAUGUAGAACUCCAAAGAACCUCCCCAAGGAGUGUAUCUACGAGGUAAUGGCAAGAGACCCUAACACGGGGAAGAUAUGCCCGUACUGUAUCAACUUGUGUCGGUCGACAAUUAAAACGGUAAAAGAAAGUGUUAUCCCCGGAGCAAAACGUUCUAGUAAAACCGCACUUGGAAAUGUACCUUCUAAGACUAAAUCUGUCGUUUCCACUAAAUCCGAGAGUUCUCGUAUCACAAAGAAAUCUAAAAAGGAAAGAAAAACAACAAAAACGAAAUCUAAAUCCAAACGAAGGUCUUCGAGGAGGAAUAAGAGCAAGAAAUCAUCGAGAAGAUCGAAAUCGGCAUCUGGAAAAGUCACAUCAAAUGUGCGGUCAAGCAAUAAGAAAAACAAGAUUCAAAAUAAGGCAGCAACUGGACGACAAUCGCUUUUAAAAAAAUCCAAAAGAAGGAACAAAGCACCUUCAGUGCGUUUGGCCUAUGGUCAAUCUACGCCUGACAAGGUGUCACCGCUGGUACGAUCUUCAAAGGCCAAAACAUCACGUGACGGGAUAUCUCACUUGAAGACGUCACAGGUAAAUUCUCGUCGAUCCAGGGUACGUUCUACUGACCUUCAACCAACUGAUUCAUUUGCAAAUGAACCGCUGGGUUGGUCACCAUCUAGGGAUAGAUCCUAUUUAUCUAGUUCAAAAUACAGUUCAAAUAAAAGAAACAGGGUUCGAAAUUCAGGCCGUUCGUUAAACAGAGAACCUUCAAUAUCCGGCCAAAAUUACUACCCAGCGAAUCACGACAGUGGAUACAACACUGUCAACAACGGGGCUUGGAAUGGUUAUUACGACAAUGGAUAUGACAACAGCUAUGACAGCAGAGAGAAUGGCAGGGAUGACGACAGAAGCGACGACGAUGAUUGGUCUGCUCAGGGUCAUAUUGGAGGUUGGGAUGACUCUUAUGACGGCAAUGAUAGAAGUAGCAGUAAUGAAAAUGAUUCGCACAGCGAUAGUUUUGAAAACUUACCGCGUACUGGUAGAACAAUGGCGAAAACGUCAAUGCAGGGUGGUAGCAGUAGUGCUGAAAACAAUGACAGGUCUCCUGUCAGAAACAAUAACAACAAUGGGUGGAGUGGUAGCGAUCAAAGUAGCUCUGAAAACGGAUCGAAUAGUAGUGAAGACGAUAGAUGAAAAUAGUGAGGUCUAGAGACCUCUUUUUUUGUUCAUUCUCUGUUACUUUGGUGUUUGGGGGAGAUUUUCUAAGUAAAACAAGGUGUUGUUUGUUAAAUUUAUGUUUUAUCUUUUCACUUUGAAAGUGGUAUCGUGAAUCCUGUUUGUAAUUUAGUAUUGUACAUUUACAUUGUAUAUCCAUUGCCGUACACGUUAGCUAAAUAAAACAUUUUAUCAGCAUUG